AAACGAAACGCCGAAAACUUCUUCACUGCGAAGAAGGUAAAGCUUUCCCAUGAUGUUUCCUUGGCAACCGAGCCUUAUCCAGAUUUUAUGUUUCGCCAUAAGUUCUCACUCCUUGUGGUUGGACCAAGUCAAUCAGGGAAAACAGUUUUCGUAGAACAGAUUCUAACGAGAGAUCGUAUUGUCUACGAAACCAACAAGCCCCGUCGCAUUUUAUGGUAUUACAGUCAGUGGCAAGAUAGAUACGAAGCUUUGAAAUCAGCGAUCGGAAAGGACAUUAAAUUUUUUCGUGGCCUUCCCACAUUUCAAGAAGAUCUGCGAGAAAUUGACCCAAAAUACAACAACGUUAUCAUCUUUGAUGAUCUAAUGGCAGAAGCGAUCGAAAGCCCCAUCGUUUCUCGGUUGUUUACCCAAGGUCGCCAUAGAAAUGCCAGCGUCAUACUGCUCCUUCAGAAUAUGUUCCCCAAGGGAAAAUUUAACACCGAUAUCAGUCGGAAUGCACAAUACAUGGCUCUUUUCCGAAGUCCUAGCGAUCGGAAAGAAAUCGUAAUUGUUGCUGAGCGUAUGUUUGAUAAGAAUCGCCAACGAUUCAUGACAGCUUAUUAUCAUGAAACAGAGAGGCCUUACGGUUACAUCUUUGUAGAUAAUAAACCGGACACGGCGGCAAAUAAGCAAGUAUUGAGUGACAUUUUCGGCUCUUGUCGUCGAUAUCCGACUAUUAGCAGCUCCGCAAAAUCGGUCGAAACC